UCAAGCCCCGUUGGGUACCCCAGCGCCAGGCCACCUGGCCGUCAGCAGCAUGCAGGGUAAACGCAAAGCACUGAAGUUGAAUUUUGCAAAUCCACCAUUCAAAUCUACAGCAAGGUUUACUCUGAAUCCCAAUCCUACAGGAGUUCAAAAUCCACACAUAGGGAGACUGAGAACACACAGCAUUGAAUCAUCGGGAAAACUGAAGAUCUCCCCUGAACAGCAAUGGAAUUUCACUGCAGAGGACUUGAAAGACCUUGGAGAAAUUGGACGAGGAGCUUAUGGCUCUGUCAACAAAAUGGUCACAAACCAAGUGCACAAAUAAUGGCAGUUAAAAGAAUUCGGUCAACAGUGGAUGAAAAAGAACAAAAACAAUUUCUUAUGGAUUUGGAUGUAGUACUGCAGAGUAGUGAUUGUCCAUACAUUAUUCAGUUUUAUGGGACACUCUUCAGAGAGGGUGACUAUUGGAUCUGUAUGGAAUUCAUGUCUACCUCGUUUGGUAAGUUUUACAAAUAUGUAUACAGUGUAUUAGAUGAUGUUAUUCCAGAAAAAAUUUUAGGCAAAAUCACUUUAGCAACUGUGAAAGCACUAAACCACAUAAAGGAAAACUUGAAAAUCAUUCACAGAGAUAUCAAAUCUUCCAAUAGUCUUCUGGACAGAAGUGGAAAUAUUAAACUCUGACUUUGCAUCAGUGGACAGCUUGUUGACCCCAUUGCCAAGACAAGAGAUGCUGGGUGGAGGCCAUACAUGGCACCUGAACAAAUAGACCCACGUGCAUCACAACAAGGAUAUAAUGUCCGUUCUGAUAUCUGGAGUUUGGGGAUCACAUUGUACGAGUUGGCCACAGGCCGCUUUCCUUAUCCAAAGUGGAAUAGUGAACUUGAUCAACUAACACAAGUGGUGAAAGGUGAUCCUCCACAGCUCAGUAAUUCUGAGGAAAGGGAAUUCUCCCCCAGUUUCAUCAACUUUGUCAACUUGUGCCUUACGAAGGAUGAAUACAAAAGCCAAAGUAUAAAGAACUUCUGAAACAUCCCUUCAUUUUGAUGUAUGAAGAACAUACUGUAGAGGUCACAUGCUAUUUUUAUAAAAUCCUGGAUCAAAUGCCAGCUACUCCCAGCUAUCCCAUGUAUGUCGAUGGAUAUCACUGCUACGUCAGACUCUAGAAAAAGGGCUGAGAGGAAGCAAGAGGUAAAGAAUUUUCAUCCCAUAUCACAGUGUUUUUAUUGCUCACCCAGACACCAUGUGCAGUAAGAUUGAUUUUUAUUUCCAUUAUGUCUGUAUACUCCUGUCACCUAGAACGUGCAUCCCCAUAACACCCAACUGAUCACACAGUGUUAGCGCUAGUCAGAGAAACCUCAUCCUGUGCUUUCGUGGUGAACAUGUUCAUGAAAUGUGGAAGUCAGUACAAUCAAUUUGUUGACUGUGAUUAGAUCACAUCUUAAAUUCAUUUCUAGACUCAAAAAACCGGAGACACAGCUACUGGAAUGCUGUUUUGUCAGAUUUCUUAUUAUUGGAAGAAUGUGGUGAUGGAUGUACUAAUUUGAACAUAGACUCAGACUUGAGUGAGAAGAGCUUGCACAGCCAAUGAGAAACAUUGCCUUCUGGAGCUGGGAGACAAAGGAGGAAUUUACUUUCUUCGCCAAGUGCAGUAGAUUUACUGAUUUGAUAUUCUGUUGCCUUACAGUCACAGUCGAUGUUUGGGGAUUGAAUUGUUCAGCCAAAUUUCCUGUUUGAAAUAUGUUAAAUUAGAAUGAAUUUAUCUUUACCAAAAACCAUGUUGUGUUCAAAGAAGUCAACAUUAAAAUAUUGAGACAGGGGAAAAAAAGAUAUAUACAACAUUACAGGGAAUAUGAAAGAUGCUCAGCUAUUAUGUGACAAGUGUAAAUAGUUAACAAAUCAUUAAUUUUCACAAUUUGUGAUCACAGUGCUAGGUAAAUAAAAGAUGGUUAUAGUUUUAAAAUCUCAAAAUAGUUAUACAAACAGUAAUGUGCCAAAGAGGGCAGUGAGAAUCAAUACGUGAUAUCAGUUCCAAUAAUAUAGACAGAUUAUUGUAUUUAUAGAUGAUAGCUCCUAAACUUCAUAAUGUUAGCAUCAAAAUAUUAAGAGUGGUUUGAAUCACAAUGUAAAUGACUGAUUUUCAAAUGUGUUGUUGAAGUAAAAAAAAAAAAAGUUAAGUGUUCAGGAGAAAGUAAAAAUCUGUUACAUAGAUUAUACCAGAAAGACCUUAUGGAGUUAGGGCUUACCCUGUGGAAGAUGGACAACUGCUAUUUAUUGAGAACUUACCACAUAUCAAGCAUUGUAUCAAGCUCUUUAAUUCACAUUUGUUCUUUACAACACUGAGAGAGACAUUUUUGUCUAAUCCCCUUUUUUACAGAUGAGGAAACUAACAGAGAUACACUUACCCUGAGUCACUCAACUAGGAGAUGAUAAAAUUAGAAUUCAAACAGCCCUGUCAACGCUCCAAAGCCCAACUCUUAAUCGUAAAUGGCAUUAAAACAGAAGCACAGAGAUGAAAUACUAGGCAUCCUCACUUAACUUCAAAAUGACCUCACAGUAAAUACAGAUUAGGUUAGGGACGACACAUAAAAAGUUGAUAGUCUUCACUUGUGUUGCCAUCAGCCUGUCCUGCCCCAGUGUAACCACAGAUUCCCACCUCAAGUGGUUCAACAGGGUUUCAUAAUGGAUUUAGGGUGAAGGAUGGUUGACAGUAUAUAACAGGCAAGCAGAGGGGAGGGGGGUCAAAUAAGAACAAUUUCAGAACAAAGAUUAGAGGGCAGAGAUGCUGUAUGUGUUGAUAGAGGCAGAGAGAGCCCGGAUCAAGAAACUUCAGAAAGAGAAUGAACUGAUAGCACCAAAGUCCAGAAUCAUCUCACAAAACAGAGAAGGUUUGGGGCCUGAACAGUCUGUAACAAAUGUGCCUGGGCAAUCCUUCACCAAGGAAUCUGGCUCUUCCCGCUCCAAAUCCCGGAUUGAAGAUUCAGAGUGGUUCAUGUUGAGUCCACAAGAGAAAUUGGCCUGGGCUAAAGCAUCUAAAGACCCUAGGAUUGCUGCAGGUCAACAGUCCCCACUAGAGAAAAAAAUCCUGAAUCUAGGUGGCGUGCAUACAACAGCAGCAAGACAACUGAUAACUCGAAAAUAUCAAGAGGAGUAUGAAAGACUCUCUAGGGAGCAAGCUCUUUCUCUUGACUACUGGCUUGCCAAAGCAGAGUCUCAUUACAAUAAAAGAAUAGUGGAAAUGAUGAGAGAACAAGAGACAAGCAGUGAAAUCAGGAAGAAACCGGAGGGGAGGAUGACCCGAAGCACAGAGACACAAAAGCAGUACUUUUUAGUACCUGAGAGAGAGAUGAAGCACAUAGAAAGACACAUAAAUCGAACAGGACAUGCCAGAGAGUUAAGGAAUAAAACGUUUAGACAAUCACGAUGCUCCACUGAAACAACAUUUCCAAGAAUUGUACCAGAAGAACAUUGCAUCCAGACUGCACAGAGAAGGAAGCAGAUAAGUAAUAGAGAACAGAUGCAAAUUAAAGAUCACCAAGAACGUAUGAUUCGAGGGAGAGAACUUACAGAGCAAAAACUUAAGGAAAAAAUCUUGAGAAAAAGACAUCUUGAGAAACAGCCACCUAUAUGUGAGAAGCGUGAGAAAGUAAAGGAAGAAAUAAAAGAGUUUGAAAACGUUACUGCUUAUCCACUUUACCAGCCAUGCAGAAGUCUGAUUAAAGUGAAUAUUCUUAUGGAAAAGUCUCAGAACAGAGAAAGGGAGAAAAUAAUUAUAAAACCAUAUCAAAAAAAAUUCUUAACUGUACCACCCUUUUUGAGAAGUCAAAUACGAAAAAUAAAAGAUUAGCAAAGUUUCACUGCCUUUUUGAUAAAAUAGCUCUUAAAUGAAAAAAUUUUUUAAGUCCAUUCUCUCCACAGGAUUCAGUAGCUAUUCCUGCUUGUAUCAGAUAGUUCUGGACUUGAUAACUAAACUACCUACUUUUGGUCGCCUUGUGUUUUUUUCAGGCUGCUUCUUUUAGUUUCUUCAUCCAUAAAGUGGGAAUAAUAUUUCAUAGCAUUCUUGGGUGGAUUAUUUUUUUGAAUAAGUAUUAGCACAUAUUAAAUGUUUCAUAAAUAUUAAUUCCCCCUCUUGGGAAAACCUGGGUUGAAAAAUGAUAAUGAAUAAGUAAUUACCCUAGUCUGCCUUUUCCACUCCUCCUACUCUCAAUGGUGAUCUUGAUGAGAUUACUACUAUAGUCUUUUGUUUUCCAUUCACAGUUUCAUCAGGAAACUAACUAGGCCCUGAAAGUUUAACUUGUACCACACAAUUUACUUGUAGGAGAAACUUAAAUUUUGAGAACCUCCUAUGUGCAUGUCAUUGUGUUAAUUACCAUGAGAGAAUAAAGAGAAGGCCUUGCCCUUGAUUAGUUUGUACUAAUGGCCUAGAUUCUGUAGACAGAUAAUAAAAUAUGGCAAGAGUUACAGAGCUAAGUACAGGUGCUGUCCAAAGGAAAGAUACCUACUGAGCCUUCGUGGACAGGUUGGGAGAAGGAAGGAAGUAAAAGAAGGAGGUGCAGUCAUCUUGUGUUUCUAACAACUCCACAUUUUGUCACUUUCUAUCACCUUAAGCAAGACCUUCCCAGUGUUUGGGUCCACUUAGGUGACUAAAUUCACCCUCAAUACUCAUUUAGAAAUUCAAUGAGAAUUUUACUUACUAAGCGGACUGAAAUUUAUUAUUUUCUAGUUGGCUUAUUUUCUUUCUAGAUAUCAGAAAGUUGGGAAAGUAAGGGUUCAGAGUUAGUUAGCCAGAGAAUGAAAGAGAAGCAGAAGAGAGAAAACGAGACUACGAGAGAACGCCUGAGAGCCCAGUAAGAGUAAAGACUUGCCGGGGGCCAGGAGGCCUGCCAGCCUGCUGCUCUGUACAUGGUAUAAUGACAACAAAAGCCUGAAAAGCCACGGAGGGCUCCAGGACUCUGCUCUACCCCAUCUGCUCCAAUCAUAGAAAACCUGCACUGUGCCCAUCCUGCCUCUGCAACAGGUUUGCCCCAAGCCCUAAAUCCAGAUAGGUGAAUACAACUCUGGUAUAGUAAUCUGAUAAUAAAUGUUUAUCUCAUGGGAAUUGUUCAGACAGAAGAUUUUGGGAAAGUAAAUAUCAAGCCCAAGGCUACUGCAUGUUCAAGGACCCUGGCUGUGAGGCCCAUUUUCAUGGUGGAUGGGCACAUUUGGAAGUUAGGCCCCAUAACCCUGUCUGCAGCUACCGUUCAGUCUCUACUCUUCAGCUGCAUUCAGGAACUCUCUUCGCAGAUGAGAAGAGUGGCUCACCAUAAGCUCAUUUGACACUUGGAAUGGGCCCUUUGGUACAGGGUAACUGGUAUGGUCCCACGAAGGCCAGCACACCACGCCUUCUGUUUGGUGGGAGAAGCAGAUAGGCUCAGGUAUUCGGGUCAUGCUGGUGACAGGAGUGAUUAAUUCCAGUAGACCCCCAUGCCUGCAGACUGUUCAUCGCUCACAGAGGUUAAAAAGAGGAAAAGCCGCCUCUAGAAAGAAGCUUGUGCUGGACACCUACCUUUGUUCUUCUUUGCAGAUGGGAGCUUCCUUAUCCGUCUUGAAAAACAGCACGUCUCUCUCCUGCAUCCUGAAAAGUUGGGAUCAGUUUGACCCUGAAUCCUUGAAAAAGAAAGGGUUUAUCUUUUUUUGUAUCAAGCCUGGCCACAGUAUGACCUCAAGGAUGGGGAAGCCUGGCCACCUGAGGGAAGUAUCAAUUAUAUGUCAGUUGGGAUUUUUUUGUCUAAAGGAACGAAAACAGUCAGAAUUGGCCUAUUUACAGGCCUUUUCUGCCCUCAGGGGCAAUAAAACCUAUGUGGAGACACAGCCUAAUGCCUACUGGGGAGCCUCUGCCCAUCCCCCAGCCAAUACUGCCAUCUUGCCCUCCGUACCCAGGGGCGCCAAAUAAAGUAAAUGAGGACUUAAGUCCUGCCUCGCCUCCAUCUAUGCCACCAAUGGUCUAGCAGGAGUCAGUUCCUCAGCCUAAAGUAUUAUCCACUGAUCUCCCAGAUAAGACUGAAAACAAGCCAUCACCCUACCUCUCUCUGUCGCAAACUCAGGUGGUGGCUAGUGGAAGAGGGGGACCUGUUAAAGUGCACGUUCCCUUUUCCUUAUGGGAUCUGAGACAAAUUAAAACAGGCCUAGGAAAGUUUUCAGAUCAUCCAGUAAAUAUAUCGAGGUGUUUCAAGACCUAACCAUGUCAUUUGAUUUGGAAUGGAAAGAUAUAAUGCUCAUUCUCAACCAGACUCUCAUCAGGAGAAAAUGAAAAAGUUCUUAGGGGAGCCCUACAGUAUGGGGAUGGCAGGUAUACUAUAAAUGCCCAGGGAAAAACAAGGGAAGAACUCAGAGAGUGCCCCACUGGAAGUCAGGCAGUUCCCUGUAUCUGAUCAGGGUGGG